UUCCCCUUCCCUUUCCACUUCAGACAGACCCCUCAACUCUCUCUCACUAGAAAUCCUCUCUCCCUCUCUCUACUUGCCAUGACGUCUCCCCGCGAAGGCCACUACCGGGGAGUGAGGAAGCGGCCGUGGGGGCGCUACGCCGCCGAGAUCCGCGACCCCUGGAAGAAGACCCGCGUCUGGCUCGGCACAUUCGACACCCCGGAGGAGGCCGCCCUCGCCUACGAUGGCGCCGCGCGCUCCCUCCGCGGCGCCAAGGCCAAGACCAACUUCCCCCCUCCUGCUCCGCCGGCCCCCAGCCUCUCCCUCGACCUCAACCUCCCCUCCUCUGCCCACCUCCCCCUAGACCAUCAUCUCCACCAACACCAUCACCACCACCACCACCGCCUCUUCCUCACCGACUUCCUCCACACCGGCGUGCUUAAGGAGAUCGGCGGCGGCGGCGUCAGCAGCCCCCGGGAGUGCUCCAUCCUGUGCGAUCGUACGGCACCCGCCGUCGUCGGCCCCUCCCAUGAAGGCCCCGGCCAAACGGCGGCGUUGCUGGGUCUGGUGGGUCGCGGCCUGCCCAUCGACCUCAACGAGCCGCCGCCUCUGUGGCUUUGAGAGACCAUUCGGAGGUCACUUCUCUCGAUCUGCCGGCGGAAGUACUCAAAAUAAUUGAUAGGAUCGGAUCAUUUUUUUUUCUUUUUUCCCGAAAUAUUUCCUUCCUCUUGUGAUGAGAGUGGAGUUAGAGAGAGAAGAAAGAUGGAGGAUGUGAUUGAUUAGAAGUGAGAGAGAGAGAGGGAGAGUGGGACCCACUGAUGUAAAUAUUAAUUUUUAAGGAUGGUUUUUCGUUCUCGUCUCCUA